AUGGCCCGCCUGGCCGCUGCGCUCUGGAGUCUCUGUGUCACAGCCAUCCUCGUCACCUCAGCCACCCAAGGCCUGAGCCGGGCUGGGCUCCCAUUUGGGCUGAUGCGCCGGGAGCUGGCAUGUGAAGGCUACCCCAUCGAGCUGCGGUGCCCGGGCAGCGACGUCAUCAUGGUGGAGAACGCCAACUAUGGGCGCACAGACGACAAGAUCUGCGACGCUGACCCUUUCCAGAUGGAGAACGUGCAGUGUUACCUGCCGGACGCCUUCAAGAUCAUGUCCCAGAGGUGUAACAACCGCACCCAGUGUGUGGUGGUCGCUGGCUCCGACGCCUUUCCGGACCCCUGCCCCGGGACCUACAAGUACCUGGAGGUGCAGUACGACUGUGUCCCCUACAAAGUGGAGCAGAAAGUCUUCGUGUGCCCAGGGACCCUGCAGAAGGUUCUGGAGCCCACCUCAACCCACGAGUCAGAGCACCAGUCUGGCGCAUGGUGCAAGGACCCACUGCAGGCGGGUGACCGCAUCUACGUCAUGCCGUGGAUCCCUUACCGCACGGACACGCUGACCGAGUACGCCUCGUGGGAGGACUACGUGGCGGCACGCCACACCACCACCUAUCGCCUGCCCAACCGCGUAGACGGCACGGGCUUCGUGGUCUACGACGGCGCCGUCUUCUACAACAAGGAGCGCACGCGCAACAUCGUCAAGUACGACCUGCGCACGCGCAUCAAGAGCGGGGAGACGGUCAUCAACACGGCCAAUUACCACGACACCUCGCCCUACCGCUGGGGGGGCAAGACAGACAUCGACCUGGCAGUGGAUGAGAACGGGCUGUGGGUCAUCUACGCCACUGAGGGCAACAACGGGAGGCUGGUGGUGAGCCAGCUCAACCCCUACACGCUGCGCUUCGAGGGCACGUGGGAGACUGGCUACGACAAGCGCUCCGCGUCCAACGCCUUCAUGGUGUGCGGCGUCCUGUACGUGCUGCGCUCGGUGUACGUGGACGACGACAGCGAGGCGGCCGGCAACCGCGUGGACUACGCCUUCAACACCAACGCCAACCGUGAGGAGCCCGUGAGCCUGGCCUUUCCCAACCCCUACCAGUUCGUCUCCUCUGUCGACUAUAACCCUCGCGACAACCAGCUGUAUGUCUGGAACAACUACUUUGUGGUGCGCUAUAGCCUGGAGUUUGGGCCACCCGACCCUAGUGCGGGCCCAGCCACUUCCCCACCCCUCAGCACAACCACCACAGCCCGGCCCACACCCCUGACCAGCACGGCCUCGCCCGCAGCCACCACCCCACUCCGCCGGGCACCCCUCACCACACACCCUGUGGGUGCCAUCAACCAGCUGGGACCUGACCUACCUCCAGCCACUGCCCCAGCCCCCAGCACCCGGCGGCCCCCCGCCCCCAAUCUGCACGUGUCCCCAGAGCUCUUCUGUGAACCUCGAGAGGUGCGGCGGGUCCAGUGGCCGGCCACCCAGCAGGGCAUGCUGGUGGAGAGGCCCUGCCCCAAGGGGACUCGAGGAAUUGCCUCCUUCCAGUGUCUACCAGCCCUGGGGCUCUGGAAUCCCCGGGGCCCUGACCUCAGCAACUGCACCUCCCCCUGGGUCAACCAGGUGGCCCAGAAGAUCAAGAGCGGGGAGAACGCGGCCAACAUUGCCAGCGAGCUGGCCCGCCACACCCGGGGCUCCAUCUACGCGGGUGACGUGUCCUCCUCUGUGAAGCUGAUGGAGCAACUGCUGGACAUUCUGGACGCCCAGCUGCAGGCACUGCGGCCCAUUGAGCGCGAGUCAGCCGGCAAGAACUAUAACAAGAUGCACAAGCGGGAGAGAACUUGCAAGGACUACAUCAAGGCUGUGGUGGAGACGGUGGACAACCUCCUGCGGCCAGAGGCCCUCGAGUCCUGGAAGGACAUGAACGCCACCGAGCAGGUGCACACGGCCACCAUGCUGCUGGACGUCCUGGAGGAGGGUGCCUUCCUGCUGGCGGACAACGUCAGGGAGCCGGCCCGCUUCCUGGCCGCCAAGCAGAACGUGGUCCUCGAGGUCACAGUCCUGAACACUGAGGGCCAAGUGCAGGAGCUGGUGUUUCCCCAGGAGUACCCGAGCGAGAACUCAAUCCAGCUGUCUGCCAACACCAUCAAGCAGAACAGCCGCAACGGAGUGGUCAAGGUUGUCUUCAUUCUCUACAACAACCUGGGCCUCUUCCUGUCCACCGAGAACGCCACGGUGAAGCUGGCGGGCGAAGCAGGCUCGGGGGGCCCAGGGGGCGCCUCCCUGGUGGUGAACUCGCAGGUCAUCGCGGCGUCCAUCAACAAGGAGUCCAGCCGAGUCUUCCUCAUGGACCCUGUCAUCUUCACUGUGGCCCACCUGGAGGCCAAGAACCACUUCAACGCUAACUGCUCCUUCUGGAACUACUCAGAGCGCUCCAUGCUGGGCUACUGGUCAACCCAGGGCUGCCGCUUGGUGGAGUCCAACAAGACCCAUACCACGUGUGCCUGCAGCCACCUCACCAACUUUGCUGUGCUCAUGGCGCACCGCGAGAUCUACCAGGGCCGCAUCAAUGAGCUGCUGCUGUCAGUCAUCACUUGGGUGGGCAUCGUCAUCUCCCUGGUCUGCCUGGCCAUCUGCAUCUCCACCUUCUGCUUCCUGCGGGGACUGCAGACCGACCGGAACACCAUCCACAAGAACCUCUGCAUCAACCUCUUCCUGGCGGAGCUGCUGUUCCUCGUUGGGAUAGACAAGACUCAGUAUGAGAUCGCUUGCCCCAUCUUCGCGGGCCUGCUGCACUACUUCUUCCUGGCUGCCUUCUCCUGGCUGUGCCUGGAGGGUGUGCACCUCUACCUGCUGCUGGUGGAGGUGUUUGAGAGCGAGUACUCCCGCACCAAGUACUACUACUUGGGCGGGUACUGCUUCCCUGCCCUGGUGGUGGGCAUCGCAGCCGCCAUCGACUACCGCAGCUACGGCACCGAGAAGGCUUGUUGGCUCCGAGUAGACAAUUACUUCAUCUGGAGCUUCAUUGGGCCCGUCUCCUUUGUCAUUGUGGUGAACCUGGUGUUCCUCAUGGUGACUCUGCACAAGAUGGUCCGGAGCUCGUCCGUGCUCAAGCCUGACUCCAGUCGCCUCGACAACAUUAAAUCUUGGGCCCUGGGGGCCAUUGCGCUGCUCUUCCUGCUGGGCCUCACGUGGGCUUUCGGCCUCCUCUUCAUCAACAAGGAAUCGGUGGUCAUGGCCUAUCUCUUCACCACCUUCAAUGCCUUCCAGGGGGUCUUCAUCUUCGUCUUUCACUGCGCCUUACAGAAGAAGGUGCAUAAGGAGUACAGCAAGUGCCUGCGUCACUCCUACUGCUGCAUCCGCUCCCCGCCCGGGGGCGCGCAUGGCUCACUCAAGACCUCAGCGAUGCGGAGCAACACCCGCUACUACACAGGGACCCAGAGCCGAAUCCGGAGGAUGUGGAACGACACCGUGAGAAAGCAGACAGAAUCCUCCUUCAUGGCAGGCGACAUCAACAGCACCCCUACCCUGAACCGAGGUACCAUGGGGAACCAUCUGCUGACCAACCCUGUGCUGCAGCCCCGUGGGGGCACCAGCCCCUACAACACCCUCAUUGCCGAGUCGGUGGGCUUCAACCCCUCCUCGCCCCCAGUCUUCAACUCCCCAGGGAGCUACCGGGAACCCAAGCACCCCCUGGGGGGCCGGGAAGCCUGCGGCAUGGACACGCUGCCCCUCAAUGGCAACUUCAACAACAGCUACUCCUUGCGAAGCGGGGAUUUCCCCCCGGGGGACGGGGCCCCUGAGCCCCCUCGAGGCCGGAACCUGGCCGACGCCGCUGCCUUCGAGAAGAUGAUCAUCUCGGAGCUGGUGCACAACAACCUGCGGGGGGGCAGCGGCGGGGCCAAGGGCCCCCCACCACCGGAGCCGCCUGUGCCGCCAGUGCCGGGGGGCGGCGGGGAGGAAGAGGCCGGCGGGCCCGGGGGCGCUGACCGGGCCGAGAUCGAACUUCUCUACAAGGCCCUGGAGGAGCCACUGCUGCUGCCCCGGGCCCAGUCGGUGCUGUACCAGAGCGAUCUGGACGAGUCGGAGAGCUGCACGGCGGAGGACGGAGCCACCAGCCGGCCCCUCUCCUCGCCUCCAGGCCGGGACUCCCUCUACGCCAGCGGGGCCAACCUGCGGGACUCGCCCUCCUACCCGGACAGCAGCCCCGAGGGGCCCAGCGAGGCCCUGCCCCCACCCCCACCCGCACCCCCUGGCCCCCCUGAAAUCUACUACACCUCGCGCCCGCCGGCCCUGGUGGCCCGGAAUCCCCUGCAGGGCUACUACCAGGUGCGGCGGCCCAGCCACGAGGGCUACCUGGCGGCCCCGGGCCUUGAGGGGCCAGGGCCCGACGGGGACGGGCAGAUGCAGCUGGUUACCAGUCUCUGA